AUGACGGCCGUGCUGCCCAGCCUGGCGCUGGCCCUGCUCUGCCUGCUGCGGGCAGGGGCCGAGGUCUCCGUGCAGCCGGGCUUCGAUGCCGAGAAGUUUGCAGGGACGUGGCAUCUUGCAGCUGCCAUUUCCAACUGCUCCAUGUUCCUGAAGAUGAAGGACGGGAUGAAGUCAUCCAUCAUCACCAUCAGCUUCAUGCCGGAGGGCAACCUGGCUAUGAAGCUUGUCUGGCCCCUGCCGGACAAAUGCCAAACGUUUGAGCUGCUCUUCCAGAGAAGUGGGCAGGCAGGGCACUACAUGGCAGCACAAGAGAAGAGGGAGCUGCAUGUGGUGGAGACGGACUACAGCCAUUACGCCAUCGUGCACCAGCUCCAGCAGAGCGGGCAGGAGCCCAGCAUCGCGCUGCAGCUCCUCACGAGGGAACAGGACGUGAGCCCGCAGCUCCUGCAGAAGUUGGAAGAGCUCAUCCCCACCAUGGGCCUGACCAAGGACAUGCUGGCUGUCCUGCCCAAGUCAGCUGAAGGGGCCAACGCCAGGGCCAUGUAUCCUCCAGACCUGGUGGAAACCAGGCUCUGCUCCCCGCUCCGUGGUGCCCCUUCCUGUCCUCCCCAGCUGGGCUCUGCCGGCCCCGCUGCCCCGUGCCAGAACCACACCUCGCCCUCCUGA